AGUAGUUGUUGUGUGUUUCCGGGUCAUGUGCUCGUCUACUUCCUGUCUACGUUUCUUAAACUUGGAACGCUAACUGGAAGGAUGCUGUCCUUGUCUCGAGCAGUAGUGAGCGGAGUGGCACGUGCUCCAGCUGUUGUCAGUCAAGGUGGAGUGACUGCUAUCACACGACUCAACAGCACAGCACAGAGUCCUCCUAAGAAAACAACAUAUGGACCACUGGCCGAUGAGGACAGAAUUUUCACAAACCUUUAUGGGCGCCACGACUGGAGGCUGAAGGGUGCAUUGAAACGCGGUGACUGGUACAAAACUAAGGAGAUCCUUUUGAAGGGAGUCGACUGGAUCCUCAAUGAAGUCAAGGUUUCUGGCCUGCGUGGAAGAGGUGGAGCUGGUUUCCCUACUGGUAUGAAGUGGGGCUUCAUGAACAAGCCCAGCGAUGGCAGGCCAAAGUAUCUAGUGGUGAAUGCAGAUGAGGGAGAGCCUGGCACCUGUAAGGACAGGGAGAUCUUGAGGAAUGACCCACACAAGCUGGUGGAGGGUUGCCUGAUUGCUGGGAGGGCCAUGGGGGCGCGUGCUGCUUAUAUCUAUAUCAGAGGAGAGUUCUACAAUGAGUCGUCCAACCUGCAGGUGGCUAUUAAUGAAGCUUAUGCUGCUGGGCUGAUUGGAAGGAACGCCUGUGGCUCCGGUUAUGACUUUGAUGUGUUUGUGAUGCGUGGUGCUGGAGCGUACAUCUGUGGAGAGGAGACUGCACUUAUUGAGUCCCUGGAAGGAAAGCAAGGGAAGCCGGCUCUGAAAUGUUUGCAUCCUUUCUGCUGCUGUCCCAAAGGUGUGUUUGGUUGCCCGACAACUGUCGCCAAUGUGGAGACGGUAUCUGUGGCGCCUGCCAUCUGUCGUCGGGGAGGAUCGUGGUUUCUGAGCUUUGGCAGAGAGAGAAACUCCGGCACAAAGCUCUUCAACAUCUCUGGUCAUGUUAACCACCCCUGCACUGUAGAGGAGGAGAUGUCUAUUCCUCUAAAAGAUCUUAUCGAGCGGCAUGCAGGUGGAGUGCGUGGUGGAUGGGAUAACCUGUUGGCUGUAAUCCCUGGUGGCUCCUCAACACCCCUCAUUCCUAAGAAAGUGUGUGAAGAGGUGCUGAUGGACUUUGAUGGCCUCAUCCAAGCUCAGACUGGCCUGGGAACAGCGGCUCUCAUUGUUAUGGACAAAUCUACUGACAUAAUCAGAGCCAUUGCCCGCCUGAUUGAGUUCUAUAAGCAUGAGAGCUGUGGCCAGUGCACACCCUGCAGAGAAGGAGUGGACUGGAUGAACAAGAUGAUGUGGCGUUUUGUACGUGGUGAUGCACGGCCAGCAGAGAUCGACAUGAUUUGGGAGAUUAGUAAGCAGAUUGAGGGACACACUAUCUGUGCCCUGGGUGAUGGUGCGGCAUGGCCUGUGCAGGGAUUGAUCAGACACUUCAGGCCUGUGAUGGAAAGCCGGAUUGCUGAAUACCAGCAGCAGGCCAGGGCUUAAAAUGUUUACUCCUUGAACUUGUCCAUCUUCCGCAUAUGCCCCUAGCCCUGUACUUGUCAAUCACAAAUUAUUUAAAAUGCUAAUGUACUGUCUUAUCACCUCAUUAUUGAGUGAUGUCAUCCUUGUCUGAUAAAGUUAUCAAUAAAGUUCUACAAACCUUUAAUUAGCACAUGACUUCUUGUUUGGACAUCAGG